UUAUUGUUUGUGAUAUAACUUAUUGAUAUAUAUAUUAUAACAACAAUAUGGAUAAAUCAGAUGAAACUAGAAAAAGGGUUCMGGAAGUGAUUGCUGAUGAAGACAUUAGUGAUGUUGCUGUCAAUGAGGAGGACAGGGAUACAGUCAAAGCUGAUGGUGAUAGGGAUAGGGAUGAGGAUGAGGUGGAGGAGGAGGACUACUCUAAUGUCAAGUGUUGGCAUCCGGCACACAGUGUACACAGAUAUAUAUUUAUGGUAUUCAUGUGCUCGCUUGGUGUCGGCAAUUACUUUAGUUACGAUACUCCCAGUUCACUACAGGAGGAAACCCUACGGGACAUGAAUAUCAAUAAUUUCCAGUAUUCACUACUAUAUUCACUGUAUAGUUGGCCUAAUAUGAUAUUGAGUUUAAUCGGGGGUAUACUAGUGGACAGGUAUCUGGGUAUCAACUGGGGUGCCAUUAUAUUUGCUUGUUUUACUUUUGCCGGACAAUUCCUGCUAGGGUUGGGCGCCUACCUAAACUCAUUUUGGCUAAUGUGUCUGGGCCGUAUAGUAUUUGCUAUUGGCGGCGAAAAUCUGGCCGUUACGGCCAACAUGCGUGCCGUCAAAUGGUUUGGCGGUCGUGAACUGCAAAUGGUUUUCGGCCUACAGCUGAGUCUGGCCCGUGUUGGCAGUACAGUCAACAUGAAUGUCAUGAAACCCUUAUACGACUAUUUGGGUCAUUCAUACUCUGGUCAUCAGUGUCUGGGUAUGGCCUGGAUGUUGGCAUCGAUAGUCGCUGCCUAUGAUCUGGUUCUGGCCAUCGUAUUGGCCGUACGGGACAAAUGGGCCGAACGUCAGCUUAAGGUCAAAGAUGUUAAAUCCGAUAAAAUUAGUCUAAAAGAUAUCAAAGUUUUCCGUUUGAACUACUGGUUCAUCAAUUUUAUUAUUGUCUUCUAUUAUGUAUCUGUUUUUCCAUUGGUAUCGUUUGGUGUACCAUUUUUUACACGAAAAUUUCAAUUAAACUCAGUCGACGCCCACCUAAUCAAUAGUAUGGUCUAUCUGAUAUCGAUGGGUGCAUCGCCCAUACUGGGCAUACUAAUGGGCCGUUUGGGUCGUACCCUAUAUUUCGUAUUGUUGGCUAUACUGAUAUCGAUGACCGCCCAUUUGUUGCUGGCAUUCAGUUUCCUGACGCCAUGGCUAGCCAUGAUCGUACUGGGCAUUGGCUAUUCAAUGCUAGCCUGUACUGUAUGGGCCCUGAUAUCGCUGGUAGUACCGGAGCGUACACUGGGUACGGCCUACGGUAUGACACAGGCUAUACAAAAUUUUGGUCUCGGUAUGAUCAGUAUGGCUGCCGGUGCUAUAGUCGACACUAAGGGCUAUCUAGUGUUGGAAAUAUUUUAUCUGGCCUGGCUAUGCGCCACAAUUAUAUCGACGAUGGCAUUACUGGUAUUGGAUGAGAAAGAGGGCGGUUAUCUGAAUAUGACUCCCAAAAUGAGAGAUGAAUUUGAUAGCAAAAAGACAAACAAAGACAAUGACAAUCAAUUAGACGAAAACAAUGAUAUGGGAGUCAACGGGACAUACGAUCCAAAGUCAACUCAACUAUAA